AUGGCCCCUCUGGUGAUGGCCAAGCCGGGCCCUUCCUUCCGAGACGCCACUCGAGUCGCCAUAUGCUCCGAUCAGGAGGCUCUUGUGAAGAUACCGUUCCUCGAGUUCCAUGUCGGCACCAAUGGAAUCGUCAUCGUCAACAAGAAGACGCCGAGCCUGCCCCUCUUCACCCGACCGUACAAAACCGAUGUUACCGGCAACCCUACCAAGACCAUUGCUCGCCGGGCUUCUGAGCUACUGGAAACGUACUUCGCGAUUCUCGAUAUCGCCGAGCAGAGAGGUCUCAAGGCAGCGCAACAACCGAUCAAGGCCUGGGGUCUCGCUUUGCAGUACCUGCACAAGAAGGAGCGCUGGCCUCCCUAUUCGGUCACCGACGAAAAGAUGCAAUUGGUGAUGGUCGCCUUUGCCGAUGCCCGCAAUCGGUAUCUCAACAACGGGGGUGCGAAGCAGAAUGUCCCUUUGAAGUCCGCCUUCUUCAAACAUCUCGCCGACCAGCUGGAUGAGUUCAACGAGCGGCGCAGCCCUCCUGCUCUGCCCGCCAAGCUGGAGACCUCCAAAGACGCCUCCUCUUCGACUGCCCCGCUCGCAUCGGCCGACCAUUCCUCACGUCAAUCCGGCCCCGACAACGCCGCAGUCUCGCUCUUUGUCAGCAGCCCUGCGCCUGCGCCCGGCAAUGGCCCCGUUGCUUCUGGCCCUCGUCCUCUCCAGCCUGAUGACGGUCUGGCGUUCUCUCUUUUUGAAGAGCUUCAGAAGGUCAAGGAUGAGUUGGAGGAGACCAAGGGCACCAAUGCCGAGCUGAAGAAGGCGAGACAGAUGGAUAUGGAGACAAGACUGUUUUGGAGAGAGAGGUUCACAAAGCGCAUGGUCUGGCGCGCCGUGCUUCCUGCGAUGAACGAGCUCCAGGAGCUGAAAGGUCUGCCGGUCUAG